AUGUCCUGGGCCUCCCGAGUCGCCAAUUCGUUCUUUUCAGGUUCAACAAGCACUGCUCGCGAAGAGCGCAACGAGAUUGGGUUUGCAGAUGAUGGACUGUCAGGAGGGAAAGGGAGCUUCGCGGAUGGUAUAUUGGGAACAGAGACUAUCAAGUCAGAAACAAUGGCACCGCAGGCGGAUGAAGAAAUGGAGCGACCACCCUACCUACACUCGAUGAUCGCUGGAGGACUUGGUGGUACGACUGGUGAUCUCUUGAUGCAUUCUUUGGACACCGUGAAGACUCGCCAACAAGGAGACCCCCAUAUCCCGCCGAAGUACACGACAAUGUCUGCGUCAUAUUCAACCAUUCUACGACAAGAGGGUAUCCGGCGAGGCUUAUACGGAGGGUGGGUUCCCGCCAUGCUUGGAUCUUUCCCCGGCACCAUCAUAUUUUUUGGGACCUAUGAGUAUAGUAAGAGGCAUAUGAUAGACUUUGGUAUCAGACCAGAACUUGCUUAUCUCACAAGUGGAUUUCUUGCGGAUUUUGCUGCCUCAUUUAUAUAUGUCCCAUCCGAGGUCCUCAAAACUCGCCUGCAGCUCCAGGGUCGCUACAAUAACCCUUUUUUCAAGUCUGGUUAUAACUACAAAGGACCAGCUCAUGCCGCCAGAACAAUAAUACAGCAAGAAGGCUUCAUGGCUCUUUUCUACGGAUAUAAAGCAACCAUUUUCCGCGACCUGCCAUUUUCUGCCUUGCAAUUUACAUUCUAUGAGCAAGGCCAGCUCUGGGCUAGACGAUGGAAGGGGAGUAAGGACAUCGGAACGCCCUUGGAGCUUCUGACCGGUGCCGCUGCAGGGGGACUUGCCGGUGUGAUAACAUGCCCCCUCGAUGUGGUAAAGACGAGGAUCCAGACCCAGGUCAACCCUUCUACAAUACCGCCUGUGACGCAAACUCCCGCGCACAGAGCGGUGCCGCAAGAGCAAAAUAUGCCUCGCUCAAAUACAAAUCCGAAGCAGCAAACUCGGUCGAUAUCUACAUCAUCGCCCUCGACACACACUCCUCGCCCUGGUUCAAUCAAUCUACAUACAUCCUCUGUGGUAAUUGGGCUCAAGCUCAUUUAUAAAACGGAGGGCAUUGCUGGUUGGUUCCGGGGUGUUGGCCCGAGAUUUGUGUGGACCAGCAUACAGAGCGGGAGCAUGCUAUUCUUGUAUCAAUCAAUUUUGCGCCAAUUGAAAGUCAUCUCCCCUCCUGGCGACUUGGUGUCUGUAGUGUAA